AUGGGAAAUAAAAUAUAAAUCCAACUCAAUUCUAAAUUCUAUUUUCCAAACUAAACUAUCUAAGGUAAAUAUGAUAAAUCUAUAAGAGGAAUGAUUAUAAUAGAAGAAUCAUAAAAUACUUUGAAAGAUAUCUCAAAACUUUAUAUACAUUUAUAAGGUGAGGAAGCCUGGGAAAAAGGGUUUGUAUGUUAUCAAUCAGAUGAUUUUAAUAUAUUCUAUUCUUAAUUCAAAUUACUUAAAGAUAUCAAUGAGGAGCCAAAUAUAGAGGAUUAAAAAUUGAAAAUUCAAAAAACCAUUGCACUUCCAUUUACUUAUACUUUACCCGAUGAUAUUCCAGGUUCUAUGAGAAGAUAAAAAGAUUAUAAAUUAAGGAUUGCUUAUACUAUGUCUCUAAUUGCUGAGACUUAAGAAAUGAAUAGAAUUACACUUCAAUAAUUACCUAUAACCAUCAAUUAAUAUGCAAUCAAACAUAAUAGUAUUUAAACUAUUUCAAAUAGCAAUGCUAUUCGUGGAUAUCUUAAUACGUUUCAAGGAGUAUUCAUUUAUUUUUAUAUUUUAGAUCUCAAAAUUGGAAUGUUAAUACAGUGGUAAUGAAUUUUCAAUUGGAGAUUCAAUCAAUUUAGAAUUACUAAUUGAUCAACGAGAAAGCAAACAGUAUAUUUAGGAAAUAGUUAUUUCAUUAAAUAAAAGAACCACCAUUAUUAAUAAAGAACCAAAAGUUAUUAUAGAAUAAAUUUAAAAAAUUAGUUUACCUGGAGUUGUCUAAGGAAUUAUUUAAAAAAUCUAAAAAUCUAUUUUACUUUUCGAUUUUCACAAUUAAAUGGAACUUUCAACAACAGGAAAAUUAAUUAAACUUGAUUACUUAAUUAGAAUCUAAGCUUAUUCCACUCUUUUUAAUAUUAAUAAUAAUGAUUUAAGAAUAGAUAUCCCUAUCAACAUAUUUCAAAGAGUAAUCAAAUAAAAUGAUUUACAGUUUCAAACAAACCAGAUUAAAGAUCUAUUCCAUUAAUAUGAUGUAACUUAAAUUAUUAUUGUUAGGUCAUAAAACUUUGA